UGUGUGAUGUUUUCACCGGCUCCGGUUCGUCAGGGGGAUCGGACACCGAGUUCACCGUAACUGUCAGAAACCGUCUGAACAUGCUGCUCAGCCAGAGGAGAACCAGGUGUCGGGAGUUCACCGGACCGACGCCCCACUCAGUGGCCGUGAGAGCAAAGCUCCCGUCGUCGAGGCCUGCAGACCACCUGAUCCUGGAGAGACAGAAACGGGACGCCGCCCGAGACCGGGUCCUGGAGUUCACCAGGUGCCAGCAGACCUGCGACAUCAAGACUUCAUGGCUGAAGAGCUCAGACCGUCACUACCUGAGAGGAACCGUCGAGAGACAGGUCAGAGCUGCUAUGGAACAAUACGAGUCCGACAUCGAGGACAGGAGACGCAGGCUUCGUGUGCUGUUGGAGGCAGAGGAGCAGCAGCUCCUGGAGGAGAUGGAGGAGAAGAAGGAGACUACAGUGGAGAGACAAGCCAAGAUGAGGGAAAAGGCCAAAAUACUGAGGGAAAGAAGAGAGAGUGAAAGACGGCAGCUGGUCUCAGACAAGCUGGAGCAGCUCUUCAGGGAGCAGUGUGAGGAGCUGCGGACCAUCCAGAACGGACGCAGGGAGCAGCAGGUGUGUUUGGAGCGAGCCGCUCAGGUGAGGAGCCGGCAGGAGCAGCUGCAGCAGCAGCAGGAGGAGGACACGCUGUUCGACCAACUGUGGGAGGCCGACCGUCGAGCCAAAGAGGAGAGGGAGAGGCGGCGAGUGCAAAAGCGGCAGCAGAGAAACAUGGAGCAGCUGAACGUCCUGAAGACUCAGACGGAGGCGGCCGAGCAGCAGAGACAGAAGGACAAGGAGCUGAGAGAGGAGGAGGCUCGUCUCAUGCUGCAGCAGCGGGAGAUGCAGCUCCUGCAGGAGCAGCGGGAGCAGCAGCAGAAGCUUCGGGCUCAGCAGACCAGACGCCAGCAGCUGGAUCAGGGCUUCCGGCUGAAAAUGAAGCGUCUGGCCCGAGAGCAGCAGGACGAGCUGCAGCUGGACAUGAGCGUCCUGCAGCAGCUGCUCAAACAGGAGACGGACGAGAAACAGGAAGCUGCUCAGAGGAAGGUAAACGCACCUGAGCGUCACGGCUUAAAAGGAGACACCAGCUUUACCUUGGACCUGAACAUGCAGAAACAAACGGAGUUGGCCAGAGAGAGAGAGGAGCUGAGAAGACUCAUUGAGGAGACGAGACUGAAGGACGAGGAGGAGAAAAGACGUCAGAGGCAGGCCUGCCAGGCCUACCAGGCAGACCUGAGGGCUCAGGUGAAGCAUCAGCAGCAGCUUCGGUGUGAGGAGAGAGCCCAGGCUCAGAGGGAGGAUCAGCAGGGUCUGAUCCUGCAGCAGCUCUACGACCAGAAGAAAGACCAGAUCCUGUCCAGACCCACGUCCCACACCGCCGCCCGCCAUCCUUUCAGGAGAGCAGAGGGGUCCGGGUCUGCCUCACACAGACCACCCGCACAUUAACAUCCAGGCGCUUCAGAACACGCGACAUUCCUCCGCUGGUCUUUUAAAUAAGAGAAUGUGGAUGUGAACAGGAAUAAAAGUCUGUUUUCACUGUGACCUUUGACCUCAGUCCUCUCCUCACUCACUGUAGUCAAAACCCUAAGUUGAGCCUAACUCUCAGUGUAAGUGUUCAUCAGCGCUUCUUUACGGUCCAUGUCCAUGUGGGAUUACAUGACGCACAAUAACACAACACGUAACAACAGCAGCAUCCGGCGGUCGACUCGCGUUCCAACGAGAAAACCGCAGAUCAUAGUGGUUCCUCGUUUUAACGGCGUUUAGAUUAGGGCCAGAAAAAGAAAGCUGUUAUUAUCAUCAUUAAUAUAACAAUAGUCACGUGUAGAUGCAUGGAUGGAAGAAAUGGGCAAAUCUAGUGACGUGUUUCUGAAAUAAGCCGUUAUCCAUCUGACUAAAGCAGAAUCCCCCCCAUACAUUACAUCAUACAGCCCCUCCCCCGGCGUCCUGCAGCUUGUUGGGUCAUGCAGCGUUUACUGAAGGUGAGGGAGGAGAUCCACGUUGCGUCGAGUUCCACUGUGAAAGAAAACAAUAAACCCUGGGAUCCCAGCAGGUCUCCUGCUCUGGUCUAAGUGGAGCUUCACCGAUCCAGUUUCAGUCUGUGACUCGCUGCCUGCCGCCGCCCAGCAGGUAACACCAGGCGAUGGCGAUUCAGACUCUUCACACCAACCUAACGCCAAAGUAACUAAGCACGGUUACUCGAGUACCGUACCUGCCGGAAGUACCAGCGUGAGGUGCUGUCUGCUGCACUGAUUCGUGUACCAGCUGCAGUCACUGCCUCCACGCAGGUCAUGUGACGAGCGCAGUUAAAACCAGCUCCACCUCCACUGGAAGCAACAUUAAGACGCUGCCAACGUGUUAGUGAUCAAAUAAUUAGACUCAAUGUCGUCUCCACGUCCGGUCACACCCGCAGAGAUUCUGACAGAAAAUGGAGAAAAGCACUGGAACCAGAGAAAGAUCUUUUCAUUUACUGCCAAUCGAUUCAACGAUACAUCCUUUCAGCUCUAAUAAUAAUGUCCCAUAAAUAUAGUAAUAUAGUUAAUAUAUACUAUAGUAAUAUAGUUAAUAUAGUAAUAUAUCACUCACAGCGGCUUUUCUUUGACUUUUGAUCCUUAAAGUGUCACUUUGCUGAUAAUAUCUCUGUACUUUGUACUUUGGUGGUGAGUUGUUGCUUCUUUUGCUUCUGCUUGAUCUGAAUUCUUCCAGAACUGCGGUCGUCAUUUUGACGACACUUCCUUGUUUCCUGGAAAGACCCUCAUUCAUCGGGCUCUAAUUAUACAGCAGAGCUAGUUGUGAUGUGGACCUUGGUCAAUCAAACUGAAUAAAGCUUCCAACUUAACAUGUCCUCGUGAGCUUCGAAGACAUUUAUAAACAGUUUUCAACC